GAGGGGAGGCACCGCUCGCGACGAGAGUUGGUAGGAGCGACGACGAAUCGCCGGGCAGUAGCAGUAGCGAUACGGUAGUGGGACCGCUGGGACGGGGUGUGCGUGUAUGCGUCGUGCGUGCGUACGGAGCCGAGGAGCCGAGAUAUAUCCAGUGCGCGUCGCGGAAGCGGGAGAGCAUUCGCCGCGGCGGCGUUGAUGCUUCAUUGUCGCGGUGUCGAGAAGCGGACGGAUCGAGGCGCGUGAGAGCAGAAGGAGGAAGAGAGCGUCGCCGUCGUCGCGCUCGUCGAGCGGGAUCGGCGGACUUGACGCGGUCGUCGUCGUCGCCGUCGCGUCUGUGCGAUAGUCGUGCUCGUGCCGAGUCGGUGCCGAGAAGCGUGUUCGCUGGGGAAUGGCGUCCGACGAGGAGGUGGACGAGAGCUACGCAGGAGAGGAUGACAUGGAUGAGACUGCAGGUCCGAUACCCACUGUGGGUCAGCAGGUAGAUGGCUCAACUGAUGCUGAAGAGUCACAAAGACUAGAGGAAGAUGAUGACUAUGAACCAGAAGAACGAAAAAAAAAGAAGGGAAAAAAGCGAAAAGCACGUAGUGAGGAUAAGAAAGGAAAGAAAAAGAAGAAAAAGAAAAAAUCCGAUUCUGGAGAUGAGAGCGACUUCGGGGGCGGUGAAGCGGGUGGUGACGCGGCAGCCGAAGACAGCGAUUACGCGGUUAACAGAAAGAGCAGGAAAUCGUCGUCGAGGAAAUCUUCCAGUCACAAUGCACCGACCACUCAAAGUCAGGAACCUACGACCGGCAUGCCUACGAUCGAGGAGGUGUGCAACACGUUUGGCUUGACAGACGUACAAAUCGAAUAUUCCGACGCGGAUUUCCAAAACUUGACGACGUAUAAGUUGUUUCAGCAGCACGUCAGACCGCUCUUAGCAAAAGAGAAUCCAAAGGUUCCAAUGUCGAAGCUCAUGAUGUUGGUGGCGGCGAAGUGGCGCGAUUUCUCCGAGCUGAAUCCGCACACGCAACCGGACGCGGACGUCUCGUCUACGAACGUGGACGACGACAGUAGAAAUGCAAGGGCGAAUCGUAGUGGCGCUAUGCAGGAAGCGGAGGAGGAGGAGGAGGAUGACGAGGACAGUGAUCGGAAGAGAAAAUCGCGCGGUUCGAGAGCGAAAAAGGGGAAGAAGGCGUCGAAGGUGCCAACGCUCAAGAUCAAGCUUGGGAAACGUAAACGUGGGAGCUCGGACGAGGAGGCAGAGGGUAGCGCAGCCGGUUCCGCGGCGGAUUCCGACAUGGAGUUUGAGCAGAUGUUGGCCGACGCGGAGGAGACACCCGGCGCCGAGAAUAACAAGGGCAACGUCGAGGAAACCGGUGUCGAACCGCCGGCCGAGCCACCGGUCCGCAGAAAGGCGAAGACCAAAAUCGGCAACAAGACGAAGAAAAAGAAGAAGACGAAAACUACUUCCAAGUUCCCAGAUGGAGAGGAAGGUCUCCAGACUGACCAUCAGGAUUAUUGCGAAGUGUGUCAGCAAGGUGGCGAGAUCAUUUUGUGCGACACGUGCCCCAGAGCGUAUCACUUGGUAUGCCUGGAGCCGGAGUUGGAGGAGACGCCCGAAGGAAAAUGGAGCUGUCCCCAUUGUGAAGGAGAAGGUAUUACAGGCGCAGCGGAGGACGACGACGAGCACAUGGAGUUCUGCCGAGUGUGUAAGGACGGCGGCGAGCUGUUGUGCUGCGAUAGUUGCACGAGCGCGUAUCACACGCACUGCCUGAACCCUCCUCUGUCCGAGAUCCCCGAUGGCGAUUGGAAAUGUCCGAGAUGUUCCUGCCCACCGUUAAAAGGCAAAGUGGCGAAAAUACUAACCUGGAGAUGGAAAGAGUGUUCGGAUACCCCAUCGGAGGAGCCUUCCACGAGCAAGGCCGCACCUAAGCAGAGGAAGGUGCGCGAAUUCUUCGUUAAGUGGGCGGAGUUAUCUUACUGGCAUUGUGACUGGAUAACGGAGCUGCAGCUUGACGUUUUCCAUCCGCUUAUGUACAGGAAUUAUUUCCGUAAAUCCGACAUGGACGAGCCACCAAAGCUGGAGGAGCCGCUGGAUGAAAGUGACUCGCGCGUGAAGCGCUUGAAGGAACAAGACGGUGCGACCAACAGGGACGAGUACAACCUGGAGGAACGUUUCUACCGUUACGGCGUGCGCCCGGAAUGGCUGGUGGUUCACAGAGUGAUCAACCAUCGAUUGCAGAGGGAUGGCAGGGCCCAGUACAUGGUGAAGUGGAGGGAGCUGGGUUACGAUCAGGCGACGUGGGAGGACGAGCACGAGGACAUCCCGGGCUUGAAACAGGCUAUAGAGUAUUAUCUGGACUUGAGAGCCGCGAAUUGCUGCGACGUCACCACCUCGCGCAAGGGGAAGAAGGGUAAAGGAAAGAAAUCGAAGACGCGCGAGCUGAUCGACGACGAGGAGAGGACCCCGAAACGUUACACGCCACCGCCGGACAAGCCCACGACGGAUCUCAAGAAGAAGUACGAGAGACAGCCGGAGUAUCUGGAUCUAACUGGUAUGCAGUUGCAUCCGUACCAACUGGAGGGCUUGAACUGGUUGAGGUACUCGUGGGGCCAGAGCAUAGAUACAAUCUUGGCCGACGAGAUGGGUCUGGGAAAGACGAUUCAGACCAUAACGUUCUUGUACUCGUUGUACAAGGAGGGCCACUGCAAGGGCCCCUUUUUGGUCUCCGUUCCGCUCUCGACCAUCAUCAACUGGGAACGUGAAUUUGAGACUUGGGCCCCUGAUUUCUAUUGCGUCACCUACGUAGGCGACAAGGAAAGCCGUAACGUGAUCCGCGAAAAUGAAUUGUCGUUCGAGGAAGGCGCGGUGCGUAGUGGGCGGGCCUCGAAGAUCCGCGGGUCGUCAAUUAAGUUCAACGUCUUGCUUACGAGCUACGAGUUGAUCUCGAUAGAUUCGGCGUGUUUAGGCUCAAUUGACUGGGCGGUACUGGUCGUCGACGAAGCUCACAGACUGAAAUCCAAUCAGUCCAAGUUUUUUAGAUUGCUAGCGUCUUACAAUAUCGCGUACAAACUUUUAUUGACCGGUACGCCGCUGCAGAAUAAUCUGGAGGAACUGUUCCACUUGCUGAAUUUCUUGUGUCGCGAGAAAUUCAAUGAUCUGGCGGCGUUCCAGAACGAAUUCGCUGACAUUUCGAAGGAGGAGCAAGUGAAGAAGCUGCACGAGAUGCUUGGGCCGCACAUGUUGAGGAGAUUGAAAGCUGACGUAUUAAAGAACAUGCCUAGCAAGUCCGAGUUUAUUGUACGAGUCGAGUUAUCGCCGAUGCAAAAGAAAUAUUACAAGUACAUAUUAACGAGAAACUUCGAGGCUCUGAACCCGAAGGGGGGCGGUCAACAAGUGUCACUGCUGAACAUAAUGAUGGAUCUCAAGAAGUGCUGCAACCACCCGUAUCUGUUCCCCGCUGCGUCGCAAGAGGCACCAACCGGACCGAACGGAAGUUACGAAACGUCGGCGCUGAUUAAAGCGGCCGGCAAACUGGUUUUACUGAGCAAGAUGCUGAAGAAAUUACGCGACGAUGGACACAGAGUCCUUAUAUUUUCUCAAAUGACCAAGAUGUUGGAUAUUCUCGAGGAUUAUUUGGAGGGCGAAGGGUACAAGUACGAGAGAAUAGACGGCAACAUCACUGGCGCCCAACGUCAGGAGGCUAUCGACAGAUUUAACGCUCCUGGCGCGCAGCAAUUCGUCUUCUUGCUUUCCACGCGUGCUGGUGGCUUGGGCAUUAAUUUAGCAACGGCAGACACCGUAAUCAUUUACGAUUCCGACUGGAAUCCCCACAACGACAUCCAGGCGUUCAGCAGAGCCCACAGAAUAGGCCAGGCUAACAAAGUCAUGAUAUACAGAUUCGUCACACGUAAUUCCGUGGAAGAAAGAGUGACGCAGGUGGCCAAGCGCAAGAUGAUGCUCACUCACUUGGUCGUGCGGCCGGGCAUGGGCGGCAAAGGCGCCAAUUUCAGUAAACAGGAGCUGGACGACAUUUUACGUUUCGGUACGGAGGAAUUGUUCAAGGAGGAGGAGGGCAAGGAGGACGAAGCUAUACAUUACGACGACAAGGCGGUUGCUGAGUUGCUGGACAGAAGCAAGGAGGGUAUAGAGCAGAAGGAGAACUGGGCCAACGAGUACUUAAGUUCCUUCAAGGUUGCCUCGUACGUAACGAAGGAAGGUGAGACGGAGGAGGAGGCGGACACGGAGAUCAUCAAGCAGGAGGCGGAGAAUACGGAUCCGGCAUAUUGGAUCAAGCUGCUCAGACACCACUACGAGCAGCAACAGGAGGACAUCGCCAGAACGCUCGGAAAAGGCAAACGAGUACGCAAACAAGUUAAUUACACCGACGGCGGUGUAACCGGUGACCAAGGUGCGAGAGACGAUCAGCCGUGGCAAGAGAAUCUGUCCGAUUAUAAUAGCGACUUUAGCGCACCGAGCGACGACGAUAAGGAGGACGACGAUUUCGAUGAGAAAGGCGAUGGUGAUCUUCUGUCUCGUAGAAGCAGACGAAGGCUGGAGAGACGUGACGAAAAGGACAGACCCUUGCCGCCUCUGCUUGCCAGAGUGAACGGAAACAUCGAGGUAUUAGGUUUCAAUGCCAGGCAACGGAAAGCGUUCCUCAAUGCAAUCAUGCGUUACGGGAUGCCACCGCAAGAUGCUUUCAACUCUCAGUGGUUGGUACGCGAUUUACGUGGCAAGUCCGAGAAGAAUUUCAAAGCGUACGUUUCACUCUUUAUGCGCCACCUUUGCGAACCGGGCGCCGACAAUGCGGAAACAUUCGCUGACGGCGUGCCACGAGAGGGUCUCAGCCGGCAGCACGUAUUGACGAGAAUCGGCGUGAUGUCUCUGAUUCGAAAGAAGGUUCAAGAGUUCGAGCACAUUAACGGAUACUACUCUAUGCCGGAGAUGAUACGCAAGCCAGUAGAACCCGUCAAAGUGGAGGGUGUCGGAGAUGCGGCGACUGGUACCAGUAGCACUAGCGCUACCCCAGCCACCUCGAACGCUCCCAGCCCUAGUCCUGCUGCCACGCCGACUCCCACCUCUACUUCGACGAGCAACGACGUUAAUAAAACAAAUUCUGAAUCCUCUGAGGUCAAAGAAUCCCGAGACGAGUCGAAAGAUAAAGAGAGUGCUGAUGCGAAGGAUUCGAAGGAGGACCUGAAGGUCUCUAAAGAGGACGAGGAAACAACUUCUGAGAAAGAUAAGGAGAAGGAAGACAUUAAAAAGGAAGAGAAGGACGUGGAAACGGAGACUGCGGAGAAGGAGAAAGAUAAGUCCGAUACGAAGGAUGAGAAAGUAGCAGCGAAACACGAUGACAAGGCGGAGAGUAGCGAGAGUAAGAUGAAAUCCGAAUCUGAGGAAGACGUUGUUAUUGUUAAGGAUGACGAAGAGGAAGUCGAGAAGCGAGAGGAGAAGGAUAACAAAGAGAAGGAUACCAAGGACUGUGAUGCAGACGUGAUUAAGCCCAAGCGUAAGUUCAUGUUCAACAUAGCCGACGGAGGAUUCACGGAAUUACAUACGCUCUGGCUGAACGAAGAAAAGGCCGCUGUUCCCGGACGCGAGUAUGACAUCUGGCAUCGCCGGCAUGAUUACUGGCUCCUGGCUGGUAUCGUCACACACGGCUAUGGACGUUGGCAGGACAUUCAAAAUGAUAUACGAUUCGCGAUUAUCAAUGAGCCGUUCAAAAUGGACAUGGGGAAAGGCAACUUUUUGGAGAUUAAGAAUAAAUUCUUGGCCAGGCGCUUCAAACUUCUGGAGCAGGCAUUAGUAAUCGAGGAGCAGUUGAGACGAGCCGCUUACCUGAACCUCACGCAGGAUCCUAAUCAUCCUGCUAUGAGCCUGAAUGCACGGUUCGCUGAAGUCGAGUGUCUUGCAGAAUCUCAUCAGCACCUUAGCAAAGAGAGCCUUGCCGGUAACAAGCCGGCCAAUGCCGUCUUACAUAAGGUACUGAAUCAGCUGGAGGAAUUGCUGUCCGACAUGAAAUCGGAUGUUAGCCGCUUACCAGCGACGCUGGCCCGCAUACCCCCAGUUGCUCAGAGACUACAAAUGUCCGAGAGGUCCAUACUAAGCCGACUGGCGGCCACGGCACCCGGUGGUAGCAGCUCUCAGACCGGACAGGCUGCAUUGCUCGCGCAGCAAUUCCCAGCUGGCUUCUCUGGCGGACAACUGCCAGCCACCUUCGCGGGUGCCGCUAACUUCGGGAACUUUCGACCACAAUACUCAGUACCGGGACAACCACCACAAGGUUUCACAGGUACGUGA